GUUAGCACUAGAUUUUCACUAUUAGAUAGCCUUGAAAUCUUUAACUCACUUUUCUGUCUGAGGCGGCAAAGUUAGAAAAUCACGACCUCAGUUUCGUAAUGGCUGAAGAAACCGUCAAGAAACGUAGACCCUUCAAGAAGUUCUUCUAUCGAGGCGUUGAUUUAGACCAGCUUCUGGAUAUGAACUUGGAUCAAUUAGCUCAGCUGAUGCCUGCUCGGAUACGCAGAAGAAUUAAAAAAAAACUUCGUAAUAAACACAUGACGCUUCUAAAAAAGCUAAGGAAAAGCAAGAAAGAAUGUCCUUUUGGUGAAAAGCCGGCUGCUGUCAAAACUCAUAUCAGAGAUAUGAUUGUUCUUCCCGAGAUGAUCGGAUCAGUUGUUGGUGUUUAUAACGGAAAGUCAUUUAACACUGUCGAGAUCAGACCUGAAAUGCUCGGCCACUACCUCGGAGAAUUUUCAAUAACCUAUAAGCCUGUCAAGCAUGGCAGACCUGGUGUUGGUGCUACUCACAGUUCCAGGUUUAUCCCUCUUAAAUAAUAUGUCCAUGUAAUAAAUUCCUGGUCAAAUCAUCCUCUUUUCGAAUAGAUGACUGUAAUGACG